AUGUGCCAACUAAGCUUUAUUAGAAUGCUUGAUUUGUCCAAGAACAAGUUGUAUGGUGUUAUUCCACCAUGUCUGAGCAAUUUGAGCGAUACUCUUUACGUCUUGAGUUUGAAUGGCAAUGAUUUAUAUGGAAGAUUUCCUCAAUUGCAUAAUGACGUAUGUGGGUUGCAUAUGAUAGAUGUGAGUGAUAACCAGCUACAAGGGUCGUUGCCACGGGGAUUAGCUAAUUGUAGUGAUAUGGAAUUUCUCAAUAUUGAAAAUAAUCAGAUUGUCGACACCUUUCCUUCAUGGAUGGGCUCGCUUUCUUAUUUGAAGGUGCUCAUUUUGCGUUCCAAUAGAUUUCAUGGAGCCAUAGGGGAACCUGAAGCUCAUGACCAAUUUCCUAACCUACGAAUUGUUGAUCUAUCUAUGAACAACUUCUCAGGUAGCCUUCCAUCUGAAUAUUUUGAUAUGUGGAGUGCCAUGAAAGACCACAAUGCAGAUGAUGUAGAUUAUAUGUCCUUUAUACAGCUGUCCCUCUUAACACAUUUAAAAGGGGAUGGAGAGUAUGACUACUCAAUGACAAUAAUCAACAAAGGCAUUUUAAUGAAGUAUGAAAGGAUAUUGGGAUACCUCAACGUGAUUGAUCUUUCGAGCAACAACUUUAUUGGGGAAAUCCCAAAUUCUAUUGGAAGUUUAACUGAACUUCAUAUGCUCAAUCUCUCCAACAAUGCUCUUACCGGCUCCAUCCCUUUGUCCUUGGCGAAUCUGACCGAACUGGAAUCUCUUGACCUUUCAAGCAAUAAGCUCUCGGGAAUGAUCCCUCUAGCACUAGCCCAACUCGAUUUCCUUGCUUUCUUCAAUGUCUCAGACAACCAUCUUUCUGGGCCCAUACCUCAAGUGAACCAAUUCCAUACAUUCGAGAAUGACUCCUAUGGAGGGAACUUAGGACUCUGUGGAGUUCCUCUGACAAAGAAAUGCGGAAAUCUUGUUGAAGCGCCCCCGGCACCACCAUUUGGUGCAUUCGCUGAAGAGAUUGAUUGGAAGAUUGUCCUGAUGGGUUUUGGAAGCGGGCUGGUCAUCGGCGUGGUUAUGGGGCUAAACACGACUUCCAAAAUUGAACGUUGGUUCCUAAGGUUCUAUAGAGGAUGGCAACAAAGACGGAUGCACCAAAUAAGGUUUGUGUGAAUUACAGUCUGCUGUGAAAGUUCAAUGACUGGAUUGCUCAUUGCUAGCUGCGCAUCAUGGCAUACCUUUUCGAUAUGUUCAGUGACUUCAUGAUAGCAUCCAAGUAUCUACCAUCUAGACAUAAGAUUUCGAGUAAAGUGUCUCCAGUUUCAUUAGGCAAACAAUAAAUGCGUGAUCGUUCCCGUGAAAUUGACUUGAUGUACUCUUUUGAUAGCUAUGAAUACAAUUUCUCGUGUCAA